UUUAUUUUAAAUGAAUUAGUAUUAAUAACGGAAGUAAAACGUCCAAAAUGUCUUGGCGCAUGUGAAUGUCAUGAUGAGAAAUGUAAAGAAAAUCGUGAAGAAUUAAAGCAAUUUCGUCAAAACGGAUUUUUACAUCAGUAUCGUACACAAAUCGAUGAAUAUCUAGAAAAAAUCCGUAUCGAAGUGUCAAAAUCAUUAAUUUUGAAAUUAGUUGCCAUAACGGAUUUAAUAUUUAAAAAAUUAUCGCGCUAUUAUGAAGGAUCAUUUUUGCUCCAAUUUUAUCGUUAA